GUGUAAACGAGAAGUUGCUAGUGACGUUAUCGUGAGGUUAUCGUCAUUCGGAGCCACAUUCGUCGGUCUCCGCUGGUCGAGUCAAGUUUUGUGCAAUAUGUGAAAUGAAUUCAGCUUGGAAAUGCGUGCUGUGUUGCUGGCAGUGUUAACUUGUCUGUGUGUGUGUGCAGGCUACGACAUGAUCGUUGGAGACACAGUGCACAAGAAGAUGGUCUUCCAUCAGAGGAUCAAGGACUUCGCGAUACCCUUCAAGAAGAGGAUUAAAACGAUGACUUACACGGAUCCAGAGAAACGAAUUAUAAAGGGCAUAGCAGCAGUAGACAACGACUUCUCUCAUGCCAGCGCCAACAUCACCGAUGGCGGUGUGGGCUACUCACACGUCACAGUCAGAAUGAAGAGCCAAAGACACCACCCGCUGAACUUCGAAGUCGAAAUAUACGUAUAACAGAUGAAUAACGGUUAUUGUCAGUGGUUGACAAGUUACUGUCAGCCACUAACAAAAGUAAAAUGAUAACUGAGAUCCUGAUAGUAAAAUUAAAAAUCGAACGUGGUUUGAAUUUGGAACACUAUAAUUCCAAAUUCAAAAACAUUUGCUUUUUUGUUUAAUGAAUCAUAAUAAAAAGGUUUUGUAACUUUGUGCCCCCGUUUAAGAAAGUGUACUAAAGUCUUAAAAGUACCUACCUAACAUAGUAACAAUGCAUACUUAUAUUUCAAUUUCAUAUUCAUUUACCUACAAAUUAGAAAAACAUAAGUAAAUAAAGGAGCUUAAGUAACAUAUUUAUAAGAACUAAUUUUUAAAGUGAUUAGUCGUAAAAUAAGUACCUGUUACUUGAUGUUUAUUGCCUUUCAUUAAUAAAAAUGAUACCAUUUGAACGGUUCAUGAUAUCAAAAAAAAAAAUUAAGAACCUACCUGAACAAAAACAAAUAUU